AUGUUCAAAAAAACAGAAACAAAAACAAUUCCUCCGCCGUGCCAGUAUCCAGCGGACAUCCUUUUUAUGAUAGAUUCCUCUAAGACUUUUGACGAGAAGGAAUUUUUACAGCAUAAAGCCUUCGUAGAGGUCAUGGCAAAAAGUUUCGGAAAUAAUACUCGUUCUGCAGUUGUAACCUACGGAGAAAAACCUUCUAUAAAAUCAAACUUCGAUGACUCUUUGAACAUAACUUACUUUCUGAGCGUUGUUCAAAGUAUAGUGAAAGACGACGUAAACGAUAAUCGACUAGACACAGCUAUCAAUAUGGCCACAACUGACCUAUUUCCAAAAGCACGACCUAGUGCGGCGAAGUUGGCAGUGGUCGUCACUGAUGGAAGUCAAACAAGUGGACCAAAUGCCUUGGAACUUCAGCAAGCUUUCGAUGCUUCCGCUAAGGCAGGUAUUCGCACGGUUGCUUUAGGGAUUGGCAAGGCCUUGAACGUGGAAGAGUGGCGCAGUCUUGUUCCGCGAAAAGAAGACUUCCUUCAAAUUGAGAAUUCUCAAGAUAUGACUUUAAAGAUACGUGACAUAGCAAAGCAAGUUUGCGCAGCAGCAGAGCCGAUCGAGGAACCAACCUGUGGCUACGCUAUGGAUAUCAUCUUUCUUGUGGAUUCUUCAGACAGAAUCGGUAUCGACAACUACGACAAACAAAAAUCUCUUUUAAUAUCCAUCGCAAGGAGUUUUGGGAUCUCUCACAACACCAGUCGUGCGGCUGUAGUACGGUACAGUGACUCCGCAUCUGCUUAUUUCCAAUUCGAAGAUUCAUCGAGUAUCAAUAAAUUUGAAAGAGCUAUUCAUAGAAUGUCUCUCCAAAAAGGUCCACCAAGACUGGACAAAGCGUUUGAUGUCGCCUUGGCAGACGUCCUUCCUCAAGCUAGAAGAGGAAUACCUAAAAUAGCAUUUGUCGUGACGAACGGUAAGCAAAAUUCUGGCGAGGAUAUGAAAGCUCUAGACGCAGCUUCUGAGCUGUUAAGGAGGGCAGGGGUCAAGGUGAUCGCCCUGGGCGUUGGCACAGAAGUUGACCUUGAAGAGCUAAAGAUCAUUGUAGAAGAUGAGGAAGAGCACAUUGUGACAGCUGAAUCUUAUAGCGAAUUGAUUUUGAACAAGGAAAACAUCAGUGAAAAGAUAUGCGAACAAGCAG